AUGGGUGACCUUUGGCAGCAGCUUUCUGAGGCUGAUAAUCACGUGACUGGGAUACCGCCAGCAGGACCCCGGGUUGGGCAAGGAACGGUGGCGGCAACGGGAGCCUUGAGUGUUUCAGGUGGUGGGAAUGUGGAACAUAUCACGGUGCCCAAGAUUGUACUGCAUCACAUUGCCAAUGUAGAGAAAUUGCCUAUCACUAGCCUGGGCUGUCCCCUUAUCCUCCGCUGCAAGAACUUCUGGGUGGCCCACUUUGUUUUAGACUCUCACAUUGUGUGCCAUGAUGUUUAUAAUUUGCUGCUCAAUCUUUCUCAGCCAGCAUUACCUGAAGAUCUGUAUGCUUUUUCUUAUAAUCCCAAAUCCUCAAAAGAGAUGAAGGAAAAUGGGUGGAAACUGAUUGACCCAAUAUCAGACUUUGGGCGUAUGGGAAUACCCAACAGGUACUGGAUCAUAACAGAAGCCAACAGAAACUAUGAGAAACUGCAAGCCCAUGAUGAGCCACCAAAAGAAGUCUGUACAUGCUCUGAAUUAGGGAAUUUAUUAUCUCAGCAUCUGGGAAGUUCUUUGACCAAUCCUCUUGACUUUAUGGGUAUUGAUGGAUACCUGAACACCUUGAUGGAGAAUGGCACCAUAUCCAGUGAAGGAGGCUUCCAGGCUCAGAUGGAUCAAGUGAAAAUACAGUGUGCAGACUUUCACCAUGACUGUUGUGGGAUCAUAGGCAGCCUUAGGGCCAUAAACAUUUCUGGGGAUAUGGGAUUCUCUGGAAACAUGGGCAUCUCUGAAUCGAGGGGCAUCUAUGGGGCCACAGGCAUCUCUGGCAACGUGGAUAUCUCUGAGACUAUGGACUGCUCUGAAAACAUCAGCAUCUCUGGGAGCAUGGGCAUCUUUGGGGACACAGGUAUCUCCAAGGCCAGCACAAAAGAAGCAGGCUGCUAUAAGCAACAGGAGCUUGAAACUCAUCACUUCCAUCCGAAUAGCAAGAAAAGAGUUGAACAAAUUGAAGAUCCACAGCUUUUUUAAAGAUCCAUCAGAGAAUUUAGAUCACAGGACAAACUACUUUCCC